AUGGACGCCGCGGACUACGACUACCGCGCCGGGCUGCGGUCCUCCCUGGGCAUCUUCGCCUUCCUCACGGUGGCCCGCCUGGCCUUCAACCUCCUGAUUACCGGCAAGCCCGGACCAGGGGCGGAUUCGCGCUCGGCCAGCGCGAAGGACAAGAACGUGGAGGAAGCGUGGCUGGGCAUCGGCACCUUUUGGCUGGUGGCUUGGUCCUGGUGGGCGCUGUGGACGUCGGGAUCGGAGUGCGGGGUGCUGAACACGCGGGCCUGCGUGGAGGACUGGCCGGACAUCCCGGUGUCUCGGCGCGUGACGGGCCUCUUCGAGGCUGAAAUAGGGUGGUACAUGCACAUGCUGACGCGGGGUCUGGCGGGCGUGGGCUUCGCGCAAGAGCCCUCCAUGGCGGUGCACCACACGGUGACGCUGUGCCUGAUCCUCACCGGCUACACGCUGAACAUCAUGCGGUUCGGGGUGCUGAUGCUGGCUGUGUUCAACCUGAGCAACCCCUUCCUGCACAUAUCCAAGGUGGCCAACAACCUGGAGAUGGCGCGGACCCGCGUGGCGCUGUUCAGCCUCUUCGGCGUGAUGUUCUUCGCGUCUAGGGUGGUUCUGCUGCCGGCGACGGUCAUGAGGUGCACGUUCUACGAGGUGCUGGUAGUCCUGGAGCGGGAGCCGCACAUGUGGCGGCUGUACUACCCCGGGAACUUCCUAAUUGUGGGGCUGUACAUUAUGCAGCUGUUCUGGAUGGUAAAAAUCAUUCGGGUGUUGUUCCGGGGCAGGGCGGGGGCCACGCCCAGGAAGGUGGAUGGCGUCAAGGGCCCGUUCCAACAGGAGAAAUUGAGUAAAGGAGGGGAUGGCAUUGUUUCGAGUAAGGAGAAGUGA